GAAAGAAGAGUAGGAGGAGGAGGAGGAGAAGGGAGACGGAUAGACAGGCAGGCAGCCAUUCCACCUAUUGAUUACGGUGGAGGAUUCUCUUACUCCGUUAUGGAGCCGGAUAGGUCCGGUGGCGGAGCGGCACGCAACCCAAAUGGGCCCAAAGCCGGUCCGGCGUCUGGGUCGAUGGGGUCUGUUGUUGCUGCUACUGCUGCAGCGGCCGCUUCUUCCACCUCGACGCGAGAGAUGCAAGAAGGCGAAGCGGGCCUGUCGUUGCCGGGCAUCCUGCACUUCAUCCAGCACGAAUGGGGACGAUUCCAGGCUGAGAAAUAUCGCUGGGAAGCAGAGAGGGACGAGCUGAGGGCUCAGGUUGCAUUUCUGCAGGGUGAGAGGAAAGGCCAAGAAAACAUGAAGCAAGAUCUAGUGCGGAGAAUCAAGAUGUUGGAGUAUGCUCUUAAACAAGAGAGAGCAAAACAUCAAAAACUGAAAUCUGGUAACGACCCUAACCAGGGGGAGAAGAAGGCAGAUACAGAAACAGAGCAAGUCACUAAUGGGCCACUGGACUCUGAUACUGAACAGGGAAGCCAGAUGUCCUGGAAAGAUGGACGCCAGCUUCUGCGCAAGUAUCUAGAGGAGGUGGGCUACACAGACACUAUACUAGAUAUGCGUUCCAAAAGGGUGCGCUCGCUGCUGGGUCGUGGUAAUUCAGAAGUGAACGGCACGGCUACUCAGCCCAGCGAUCCCUAUGUGGAAUCCCGAGCAGGAAGUGGGGUUGGAGGAGGAGGAGGAGGAAGUGUGGCUGGAGAGUCAAUGCUGGUAAAACAGAUUGAAGAGCAGAUUAAGAGAAAUGCUGCAGGUAAAGAGUCCACAAAAGACCACAUCACUAGUUCGGUUUUGGAGAAGAUCCCAUUUUUACGGGGUUGUGAGGAAGACGAAGACAGCGAUGAGGAGGAUGACUUCCAUGGCAUCACCACAGACCGCAUCGAUGGCCCCAGGCAGCACAAAAAGGAUCGGGUCAAGAUGGGGCCAGAGCCGACUGGAGCAGAAUUUGAGCCAGAGGAUGAGGAGGAUGAAGAUGACUCUGAGGACGCUUUGAAUGAGUUUGACUUUUUGGGCUCCGGAGAAGGAGGCGAAGGUGCUGGAGAGGCCCGUGUCUCUGGAGACGGGAGAGAGCUAGAGAACAGAAGGAAUAAACUUCAAGGCAUGCUUUCUGAUCUCCGUGACGUUGACGGUUUAUCUACGAAAUGCGCCAUCUCUUCCACAGGACCCACACAGUCCAGAGCCAAUGAAGGGAGUUCCCUGGGUUUCCCCUCAGAUGUCUUUAUUUUGGAUACCGUGGGGGGUGGAGAUAUGAACUUGGGGGAACUUGCAGACCUCACGGUGGCCAAUGACAAUGACCUGACAAUUGACUUGCAGGAUAGCCGGGAGGAGUUCAAAAAGACGUGGAAUCCCCGCUUUACACUGCGCAGUCACUUUGAUGGGAUCCGAGGGCUGGCCUUCCAUCCAAACCAAGCAGUUCUGCUGACAGGAUCUGAGGAUGGUACCCUCAAACUCUGGAAUUUGCACAAGGCCAUCCACUCCAAGAAAAAUGCAGUCCUGGAUGUGGAACCCAUAUACACUUUUCGGGCACACAGUGGACCUGUACUCUCACUUGCCAUGGGAGAAAAUGGUGACUUUUGCUACAGUGGUGGUCUCGAUGGCAGUGUGCGUUGCUGGAAGAUUCCCGAUUUAAAUGUGGAUCCAUAUGAUAAUUAUGAUCCCAGCGUUCAGCAUAGCAUGAUGAUAGGACAUACUGAUGCCGUAUGGGGGUUAGCCUUCAGUCUGAAUCAGCGACGCCUGGCCUCCUGUUCCGCUGAUGGAUCCAUCCGCAUUUGGGACGACUCCGUGACUCCGGCCUGCCUCAGUGUCUUCAACAAAGAUAAAGAGUAUGGGAUUCCUACCUCAGUGGCCUUUGUGAACUCUGACCCCACGCAGGUUGUGGCUUCUUUUAAUGGAGGAGAGACGGUCCUGUAUGAUCUUAACUCUGAGCAAAGCAUUCUACAGCUGGACUCGAAAAGCAAAGAGGGAAGCACUUUGGUCAACCGCAUCGUGAGCCACCCGUCUUUGCCCAUCUCCAUUACCGCUCACGAGAAUCGCAGCAUCCGCUUCCUGGACAAUAAAACUGGUAAAAUUAUCCAUUCCAUGGUGGCACACUUGGACGCUGUCACCUGCCUGGCUGCAGAUCCCAGUGGAGUUUACCUCAUUUCAGGCAGUCACGACUGCUCAGUGCGUCUUUGGAUGCUGGACAGCCGGACAUGUGUGCAGGAGAUCACGGCCCACCGAAAGAAACACGACGAGGCGAUUCAUGAUGUGGCCUUUCACCCGAGUCAGCCGUACAUUGCCAGUGGUGGGGCCGACGCUCUGGCUAAGAUCUUUGUGUAGCCCCACCACCUACGUCAUGUGUGUCUGGAUGAGGUUAGCAACCAAGAGACUGAACCUCCAUGCUGGGUGGAACACACUCUGUGCCCCCCUUCUCCCACCCAGACCGUGUGCUCAGCUUGUCAUCUUCUACAGGUUCAUUUAUUGAAUCGACGUCUGCUACUGUUGCUGCUUUAAAUGUUAACAAAUGAAACGCAAAAACAGAAAAAGCAGCUCAGGGCUCUACCACCUGCACCCAAAGGUAUCUCUUGCACCAUUAAAAGACCUCUCCGAAGUCCUCUUCCAUUUCCACGGAUGAUGUUCUCGCAUUCUGCGGCACUCUGGGAAGACGUCCUCCGCAAGCCUCCCUGAAUCUGAUGCAAGUGUAAACCCGCGUCCGUGGCCUCUCGGAGACGUGGUGCACAGAACACUAACGCAAGAUGGUCGUCAUAAACUGCAGACGAUUUUAGUACCUGAAUGGAUCUUCAUUUCCUUUCUUCAGAGGCCGUCGACAUUAAAACAAAUUGAUGUACUUGACGUAAAGAACAGGUGCUGAUCAGAAUCGUCGAUUUCUCCUCCCCUGCUUUUUGUACAGGAUUAGGUGUGCGGUUACCUCUGACCUUUUCUAUGUUGCUACUCUCCAGCGUUCCUCUUCGAAGAAGCUGUUUUGACGGCGGUUUCCCUGAGCAGUUUGCCGUCGGUCACCGUAAGACCCCCCCCCUCCCCACGUCUAUUUCUCCCAUCCAGCAGUGGGUAGCUUUGAUUUUUCUUUCCACUACCACUUUAGGUUUUUCCUGUGAAGCCGUGUUCAGUAGGUCGUCUGUAUUUCUAGGACCUUUUAUUUUUUUCGGAAAGGGGUAAAAAUAAUUCCCAAAUUUUAGACCACAGUGUGAUUUGUAUUUUCACGUUAAGGAUAAACAUUACGGUUUCUUUUAAGUUAUGUAAUUUAUUCCUGGUGCUAAAACAGUUUUCAAAUCAGGGACUACAAAAUUGUCAAGUGUGCAUUUCAUAGCAUAGCAUGUUGAAAUUUCACUUUUUUUGUUUGGCUCCUGUCCUCAGGGAGUUUGCGCUCUCCUCUGUAUCUGUCCCUGUCCCUCUCGCGGCCUUUUAAUUUGAUUUUCAAACUCAGCAUUUUUAUCACAUUGGCUUUAUCCAUCCCGACAGUUUGUUCUGUUUCACCGGCGAGAACUUUAUAAUAAGGUGUAUUUCAUUUACUCGCCAUUUUGUCUCGUCUUUGUUAUUUUUUCACUUUGCUACGUGAUGACUAAAUACAUUAAGAUAUUAGUAUAUUAUUAGUGACUGCUCUUUUGUUCAUUCUAGAUGGCUUAAAAAAAAGGUUUGCUAUAUUGAAGAGAGGACUGAGAUAAGUCUAAAGAUGUAUAAAGCGCAACCUGGGGAUGAAGGAGAAUGCAUGCCUGAGAUACCUGGGAAUGAGCAGCCCGUUUUUCUUGAUGGUCGUCUCAUCCCUUUUCGGUAAUGUAGGGGAUCAGUUUCCAUUUCUUCUGACAUAAAAAAUAGGAAAAGAAUUCCUUAAUUUUUGCGAUUUCCCCAAGUGUUAGCUUACCUUUUAGCCAGAAGUGUAUAUGGCUGACGCAAGAGCUCCUACUCAUUCCAGGGCUCUGAUUAAAAUAGCUGCUGCCCUUUCUGGAGCCAUUGAAGUAAAUCUGAGAGUUAUUGGUGGAGAUAAAAAAAAUAAAUGUUAAAUCUAGUCCAUUUAAAAAAAAAAAAAUGUAGUCCAUUAAAAAAAAUGUUUAUAAUAGUCCAUUAAUUUCUUACUGGACAGGUGGAAGAUUCAUUUCUGAAGUGACACUAUCAGUGACACAGCUCUCAAUAAGUGUGGGUCGCUUUUUACCGAUCCAGAACUUUUUCUACUACAGCAGUCGUGCUGCAUACGGCAAUAAAGUUGUUGCACAUAUUAAAACGAUGGAUGAUGCUGCUCUUGUAAAAUAUGAUUUUUCAUGUCUGCAAAUAUUAACCAUACACGAUUGGGAGCAGUGUAUUUGGUAGCUCGUCAGCUUUAUAGGAACACCUAAUUGUCAGGUAUGGAUGACUUAAUUGUCAGUGACCCGCCGAGGACAUAAAAGUGCAAACUGGACUGUGUCCUACAAUGGCUGCUGCGUCACAUGACGUUUUUUUUAAUUUAUAUUUCGUGGGGAAUGUCGGCGGCACCAGAGUCGCAUAACACUAAAGCAAAACAGAUUUUCACCCACUUCUCCAGAGUGCGGUGUUAAAUGAGAAGUGAAAUGUGAGAUCGGCGCAUUAAAGCUAUUGUGUUCGUUUUCAUAGAAAACGGUCGUUGAAUGUUGUACGUCCGUGUGGUCUGCUUCUUCUUAUUGGGCGCGGCAACUCGAGGGAUGUGGUGGGCACACAGCUUGGGUGACAGGCCUGCGGAGCCAUCAACAGGCUCUGUGAACGGUGCACUGUUCACCGCUUCCAUUUAGUGAUCUGUUCAAAAUAGAACCGUGAUCUUCUUAUUAUUAAUGGGAAAGGGUUAAAAGACCAAUUUUUUUUUUUUAAGACUUCAUUGUUCUUUUAAUUUUUUUUUUUUUAAUUCUAAUCUUAAAUAUAGCUUUCCACUUCCAGGCAUUUAAGGAAAGUUUGCGUUCACUUCCUGUUUGUAGUUUUCUUGCAGGUGCGUUGAGUUUCCUUUCCAGCUCAGAGCAGCUCCUCUCUUCUUUGUGAAGAAUUUCUUGGUACGUCAGCCCAACACCGAAUUUGUGAACCCACCCCUAAGAAAACCUGCCACACAGUAACGUAGGAAAAACUCGCUUCGGCCUAAUUAAUGCCUUUGACGUUCCCGUCACAAGGUAUGCUUUGUUUUGUUUUUCUUUGUUAUUCUGUGAACAAUUAUGGGACCCCCCCCUCAACCCCACUAGGUGGGGGAGAUGUGGCGAAACGGUGUUAAGGUGCCUGAGUAGAAGAAAAACAAAAAGUGUAAAUUCCAUUGUAAGUAUUGUGUAGCAGUGAGUGGUGACCAGGCCUGCCUGUAGUUCAUUAAAGACAAAGGGAGAGGCGGGUGGGCAGCCUUCAGUUUGUUCAGGUCAUUAUUAUCUGCUUUUUGCAUCUUCCUUUCUUUUUAUAUUUAUUUUUACAGCACAUAGUUGACCAAAAUCUCUCUAUGAUUCAGCAGGUCAGGACUUUAUCAUAACAGGGGCUGCGUAUCUUGCAGCUGGCGUCUGUUUCUGUCGCCUGAAUAAUUUCUUUUUAUUUUUUUUACACUUUGGCCUUCUUCCCACAGUAAAUAAAUCUGCAAACAAGAGGCCCACCAGAAUCCGUCGCCUAUGGGAAAGACAUUAAGCAGAAAAAAAAACCCCCAAAAGCUUCAUUUCAAGUUGUGCACCUAUGGGUGAAUAAAUAACCUGCCGGCAGUGACGAUGAAUACUAGGCCCUGCAAUGAAGGCUGAUGCCUACCUGAACUGGCUUGUGCAUGUGGAGAAGGCACCUUUUUUUUUUUUUUUUCCACGUGUAAACCUUUCUUCUGUAUAAUUUCUUUUUUUUUUAUCGAAAUUGUGAUGCUUUUCUCAUACUCCGUUCACGAUGAUUGACGGGACGUGGAAGGGCUCUCACUAGAGUGGCCCAAUGGUUAUCGGCAUCCUCUCUUGCACUUCUGCCGACUAUUCAUUUUACGCCAUUAUGAACAUAAUACCUCAGACUGGAAAAA